AUGGUUCUUGCAAACGGCGAUAUCGUCCCUGGUAGUGUCUAUCUAUACCAGCCCGUCAAAUGGGCUCCUCCUAUGUUCGCAGCAUGGUUUGCAGUUGCGACAAUUGCACAUGUCUGGCAAUGCAUUAGAUACAAAGCAUGGAAAAUUACUGGCCUUCAUCCGCUCUGCGGUCUACUAUUCACGGCAGGCUUUGCCGUUCGUUCUUAUGGCGCAUUCUACUAUGAGGAUAUCGGAGCAUAUCUUGCAAGUACAAUACUGAUAUACUGCGCACCUCCAAUCCUAGAGUUGGCCAACUACCAUGUACUCGGCCGAAUACUCUACUAUGUUCCUUACCACUCGCCUCUCCACCCUGGUCGUACCCUCACCACGUUUGGCGCAAUCUCUAGCAUUGUGGAAGUUCUAAAUGCGAUUGGCGUUUCUUGGCUGGCGAACCCCAACGUCCUCGAGACCUAUGCCAACCUUGGACAUAUCUUCAUGAAGGUAGCACUAGUCUUGCAGGUCGGUGUCAUCCUUUUCUUUUGCAUGAUUGCUGGGAUGUUCCAUACGCGGUGUAUGAAUGGUGGGAUCAGGUCAAGGAAAGUGCAGGGUCCACUCUUCACGCUGUACAUCAGUAUGACCCUUAUCCUUACCCGCACGAUCUAUCGCAUAGUUGAGCACUUCGGUUUCAGUCACAUACCCCAAAAUCCAUCGCAAGAUUGGGAUCCCAUGGCGCUUUCUCCAAUAAUACGAUAUGAAUGGUUCUUUUGGGUUUUUGAGGCGAGUCUCAUGCUCGUAAACACCGUGUUGUGGAAUUAUCGCCAUCCGCGCCACUACCUACCGGAGGACUAUCACAUCUACCUGGCUCAGGAUGGGCAGACUGAGCUGCAGGGUUCAGGAUGGAAGGAUGACAUGCCGUGGAUUAUGACCUUUAUAGAUCCCUGUGGGUUGACUACAUCGUUGACUGGUGGUGCUCGAAGGACUGAGAGGCCGUUCUGGGAGAGCAACGGCUAUGAAACCUCGGAGAUCGCUCAGAGACAUCGCGGUGAUGUAGGAGUCAAAGCGUGA